GUAGGGGGUGUGUUGUGCUUCCGUGGGAAAAGGAUGCACGAGCAAUUCCCUAAGUUCAUGCAGAACUGCAGUUUAUACCCGGUUAUAUUCUUAGAAGGGUUCUUUGGAUCCACUACCAAUUCAGUCGAAAAAGAAACACCAGCAGCUCUUCUUAAACGUAGUUAACGUACGUUGCUUUUCUUCUUCUUGUUGUCCCUCCUGUGGAUUCAUCGUUCAAAUACCAUUGUAGUAGAUUUAAAGCGGAACGCAUCAGACUUGCAUAAAGACUACUAAUAAGAAAAGUUUAUAGGGAGAGAUUGAAUCCCACCGCACAUCAGGUUCCCCAGAGUCUGUAUUUCUGAUCUCUUCAGAUGCUGGGAAUUCAUGAAACUGGAGAUAAUGGCUCUCUGCCGUCAAGGACAUAUCGCUGUAUGGCAUGUUCAGCCACCUUUCCGGGACUGUCCUCUUUACUCGUGCACCAGGCAUCUCAUGCAAAUAACACCAACUCACCUGAUGGGAAUCAAGCACCACCUGCUCUCCAAGUUUCCUGCAACAAUUGUAGAAGCAUGUUUUCCAACAAGGAUCUUUUGGACAAGCAUCAUUGCAGUGCCCCGCCUAUCUCUGCCUCUUCCUCCAUUUACAUCUGUGGGUGUGGGAAUAAGUUCCAAGAUUUCAAUGUCAUGCUUGAACAUAAACAGUUACACAAAACACAGAUGGAUGUACAGGAGCCCCUGGCAAUAAAGGAGGAGAAAGCAGUAGGAGAGAGUGUAAACAGCCCCAGCCAUUCAGACCCUAUGCAUGCAUCUUGUAGUGAGAGCUUUAAUCUUACUUCUCAUUCCAUUCUAUCCUCACAUGUCCAUCCACCUAGCCCCCAAAUCUCACAGUCAGCCACUGAAGACUCUGAAGUAAGCAAUAAGGAGAUUUUUAGUCAUGCUCCCUCACCUGUUGCAGAGUUAAACAACAUGCCUUCUGUAAAGCAAGUUGCACGCAUUCCUGUUUCCAACUCACCUGAAUUACUUUUGGCACCAACCAUUACAGCUCUAAAAGAUGACUUAACACACAGAAGUGUUGCAGAUGUGACUUCUGUCUCAGACUCAGUCAGUCCCAUUCAUAGUGAUGCGGUGCUGCAAAAUGAUCAACAGGAUGUAAAACCACUAAAGAAAAUGCUGGUGUCUGCUUUCAUGGAAAGAUUGCCACCAGCCCAGGCAGCCUUGAGUGCUAACAAAGAAGAAAUACCAAAACCAGUGGGAACACCAUCAGUGACAGCCUCUGAAUCUAUAGAGGGAUCAUCAAUUAGUCAGUUACGAAGAUUACUAUGUAAAUCUGGGACUAAAAAGAAGCAGCAAUUGGCUGGUAAUACUGUUAGUUUGACUAAGGUUUUUCUACCUGUGGUGGCACUUGAGACGCGUCGAAAGUUAGUUGGGGUCAGUGAAAAUGGCCAAGAAGGUAGACAUCAGUGUGGACUCUGCCGGAGGAUUUUCCAUGACAUAGAUAGUCUCAUAUUUCAUCAUGCUACACACAAGAAAGAAAAAAUUAGGGGCUGUCGUCAUUGCAAACGACUUCUCAUUAGCAAAACCUGUAUGCAGAUCCACCAUCUAUGUGAACCGGAGCCUACAGGGAUUCUGCAGGAUCCAUUCUCUGUAGGUGAUGUAAUGCCCCUCUCUUCAGGAAAUGUGGCAGUUCAUGGCCAAAAAGGCACCAUGGAGAGCAAUUCUGAGAAACAGCUGCAGAAAAGGCUUUUUUCAUGUCACAUGUGCCAACAUAGUUACACACGCCUGUAUAAUCUAAAAAAGCACAAAUGUCAUUUGUUUUCCCAUCAGCAUGUGGAUAACAGUCUCCCAAAGGACAAAGUCCAUAUGGCGAAAGGAAAUGUAAGAAUAGACAUUGAAAAUGUGGUUGGAAUAGGAGAGUCGCCCAUGCAAAAGAAUGUUUCUGUAGGCACUGAAGCCACUAGUCUAAUCAAAACGGAGAUGACUGAGUCUAACUCUUCAAGAGGCCCAGAGGUUUCUCUCGGCAUGCUUGCAAAGAACCCAGGAAUAAACUUAGAUAUCUGGCCAGGCUCACCUAAAAGUUUCAUGCCGUUUACUUCAAAAUCAGUUAGACACAACUCAGCAGAACUGCAAGAAACAAAGUUGGAAGGCUGGGCUGCUUCCACACAGGAGUAUUCAGUUUCAAAGCAUAUGAGACAAGUUGAAACAGAAGGCGAGGUGAAAAAUAUAGAGGCAGAGGAAGAGAAAAGACGCUGGACUAUGCCAAUUGAUGAAUCGGACAUUGAUGUUCUAGUUGAGGCAGAACACAGUAAUAAUAAAGAGGAGUUUGUUUUCCGGAAGCCUGGUCUAGGAGAUGGUCUUCCAUUCACAUCCAGUCAGCUGAAUCAUCCAAUCCAGACAUCUGAAGUUGACCAAAGUCAUUUGCCCAGCAGAGGAAUGCUGCAACAUAUUCAGAACCCACUGUCAAUAAAAGCCAAGUCACAUCUGGAAAUCAAGAAAAGGUUUGAAUGUCUCGGUUGUGGGAAGAGCUUCAGCCGCAGAUAUGUUCUCAAUCUACAUAAGAAGAAAUGUAUUCCGAUAAACAGAAGUACAGAAGAUAUUGACAGUCACAGUGAUCAAAAUACUGGAAAAUCCAAGAGAAUAAUUUUGCCAAGUCAUCAUCAAGGAUCAUUCCAGGAACCAACAAACCAGGAAAGGAUGUUGAUCCUCACACCAUCUUUGGGGGUUCAGGUCAAUAGAACAGGUGAUAAUCUUUCUUCGGGAGACUCUUGGGGAAUUAUGUCAUUACCAGCAGUUUUGCCAAGAAAAGUGACUUGUGAAUGUGGAUCAGUUUUCACUAGCUCUCGUCAGCUGUUUGAGCACCUUCAGAUGCAUGCCCAAGAGUCUUACAUUUGUCCUACAUGCGGGAAGAACCUCCACUCUUGGAUGAGUUAUGAGGCCCACCUCCACACACACAAACGCUCAGUUUGUCCAAAGUGUCAGCAGUCUUUCAGCCAGCACAGCUCAUUGGUCCGGCACCUGAAUAAGAAUCGAUGCAAGGCUGAUGGUAUCAUGGGGAAUAAAUUUCUAUGCCCCAGCUGUGGUGUGGAAUUUCUCACUUGUUCCAGGCUUAAGCUCCACAUGCACUACUGUGCAUCCAAGCCUUCCAGCAAACCAGUCGUCUGUCCAGUAUGCACACACAGCUUCAGUAGUAACAAGGAGCUCCAGAAACAUUUAAUCACCCACAGUCACACCCAGGCUUUUCGGUGCCACAUCUGCCAGCGCAGCUACCCUAGCCUGAAGUCUCUUAAGAAUCACAAAAGAAAGGUUCACCGAUUGAUGUUUACCAAGAAUUCAGGAGGGGCUGUAUAAUAAAAUAAGUUAGGAGUGGUUCAUCUGGAGGUUUCAGACUACAAACAAGAAAAUAUCAAGUUCAUUCAAGCUGUGAUGAAUCUGUACUUUUGACUCAGUAGUGACUUGUAAAUGGUGGCUGCAUACUGCCGACAGAAUCAAUGUUGUUUUACCAAUAUGAUGAUGCAUGAGCAGUGGUUGCACAGUUCAAACGACAUCCAGACAAAACAAAAUCAAACAUUGGUGAAAACAAUAUUAUUACUUAAAUACUUAAAAUGUCAAUGCCACCUGGUCUUGUUAUAACCCUAGAGGGCACAGAAUGUUUUUGAUGCAGCAAACCCACAUACAGAGUACAAAUAACUGUGUUAUGGCAAGUACAUUAAUCAUUUUAAUAAAGGAGAUGAUUUCUCUUUUAAUAUAGAAGUUGCUGUCUUCAUUAACAAAAAUUGGUCUAAUACUACCAGCACAGACAGGAAAGCCAGCAACUUACACAACACACGGUUACACAGUAACUAAAUGUGCAUUCCACUGCAAACAUUAUAGGGUUUAAUUUUACUUUAGAUGAUUUAUGUAUAUGGUUCUGCAAAGCAUGCUGGAAACUGCAUAAUUAAAACUGUUGUCUAACCCUGCGCUCCCACAUUAUGUCAGCCGAUCGUGGACAGUGGGUGAGAUCAGAACAAAUAAAAAUGUUUGCCUAUUGAUAAAAUGACAUUCAUUCUGUCAAUUUAAUUUGAAGUUUGUGGCCACCUUAAUGCUGUGAAGCUAGCAUGUAGUUGUGAACCUAUACCAUUCUUUAACAUUUUUCAGUGAAAUUGAAAUUGCAUGUCUUGACUUAACUAGUUCAGCAAUCACAUUUUACAUCGUAAUGAUGAAUUUAAAAUAUAUAGGUGCUUUUUUUGUACUCAUGGAAAUUGUACAGUUUCAGGAAUACUGAUAUGUGAAAAUUCUGAAAUUCAUUAAUUACUAGUGCUUCAUUUAUAUUCAUUCCAGUUAAUCCAUAAAUAGUGCCACUGCUUAACUAGGAUUUAGGGUUUAAAUCUAGAUGCAAAUUCUGUAAAUUCAUAUAGUUAUGUGAUAUUUGUCUCAUGUUUGUAUAGCUUUAGCCUAGGUGUUUGCUACCAUACAUUUAAUUUUUCAGUUUUUUUGUUGUCUUCAGCCAUAAAUGAAAAAGUACAUCUCAUAUUACUUGGCAUCUCUAUAGGAGAUUAAUAAACAUUGUGCUUUUAUUUCUUUUUUGAGCUGGAUUUUAAAUGUUCAUUGGGUAAUUUCAGUGUAAUUUUCUUUGUCAUUGUGAUUUUGCCUCUCUUGUUGCAAAUUAAACGUAAUCAACCAUC